GAGGUGACUGCUGCACUUGAACAGGAUUCGCUCUCUCUCUCUUUCAUACCACGGAUGCAUUGCUUUGGGUUCUUUCUCGUCUUCUUGUGGUGCUGUUUUCAAUAUAUAGUAGCUGUACCUCUUGGUUUCCUGCCACCACCACUCUUGGUUACCUGCUCAAACCCACAACAUCAUGUCUAUCAGAGGCAGGACAAUGAACUCCAAGUCUCAUGCCUAUGGGAUGGAAACAUUGAACUGAAGUAUUCAAGAGCCCCAGGACUGGCUCCAGAGAUCAAGAGGGAAAAGUCAGAUGUGCAACCCCCUCCUCACUGUCAGUGGUACCAGGACUCCAUCUUGAUAAACAAGACAAAUAACUGGUCAGGGCAGCUGGUGUUGGGCACCAGCAAAGCUAGUGGAAGUUCCCGUUCACCUUUGGACCUUUCUCGUAUCACAGUGCAGUGUGUGUCAGCCUCAUGCCAUGUGCCCACAUGUGCUCAUAACAACCUGAGCAUUGAAAUAUCUGGGCAAGAUAUCCAUCUCUUCCUCCUCUCACCACACAUGCUUCCCAUCCAUGAAUGGCAACCAGUGCAGCUGGGUUGGUGUGCACGCCUUAAAAGUUCCACUUGGAGCUACCGCUUCAGGAGUCAAGGGGGGAGUCCUGCAGACCUCCUUAUUCCUAGCAACCAGCACAGUGAGCCACCCAUUCAGACUGCUUAUCCUCAUGCAGAAUUCCACCAAAUGUGUGCAUCAUAUUAUAGUUACUACAUGACUGUGCGAUAUCCCCAACGUGGAUUCUACACGGCUUUACUCCACAUAGAGAAUGGACCACAACUCAACCGUAGCCUCAGCUUCUAUGUGCAGCCUGCUCUGCUUCAUGUGUUCAGUGGCUCUUCCAGACUACUCAGCCUCCCUCAUAGGACCCUCAGUCUUUCCUGGACACUCCAGUCUCUCAGCUCCAGAAUAAUGGCUUACACACUGGUGGAUGUACAGGGUCUGGAGGAAUGGUAUCACAACUAUAAUCCUUUUGCUCUGAAAAGUGAUUUCUGCGCUGUUCCUACAUCACAUUCCUCCAAAGCGAAGGUAAUAACCAGCAUCUAUUUCCGUACCAAUAAGAGAAUGUCUGGAGAGCUGACAGGAAAACUGGCUUUCUCCAAUUCUACACUGAGUUUCACAACAAACAGUGCAAUCCCAACUCACCUCACACCCAACCCACAGAAGACCAAGGGAGGCACGUACGUUUUUAGCCCGACCCUGGGACUCUACUAUUCUGUUCACGAAGGCAGUGCUGUCAAUGCCACUGGAGAGAGCUCCAGCUCCCACUAUGUUUUUUACCAGCAGCAGAGCCUCUCUUACCUGAUUGUGGUUCAAUUUGUGCAGCUGCAGUGGUACAGAUUCAGUGUGCACGUGUAUCUGAACCGGAGGGGGAUUCUGUUCAGGACUCUAGGAGACAAAGGGUUAGAAGUUCACCAUUUCAAUGGGCAUUCCCCUGAUGAAAGUUGGGUCUAUAUUGUGUGGUUUAUUCCUGUGCAACACCCACUGCUGCAAUGUGAGUGGUCCUUCAGCUUGGAGCUUUUUGAUUCAAAGAAAGAAUACCUCCUUUGGAACAAUACUUACACUUACAAGGAUCAUGUCAGAAAUGCUGCCCAUUUUAUUCCUAACUCUGUCUUGCCUUUCAAACCUGCAUUGUACACAGGCUUUGUAGCAGAAGUGAACUGCAGGAAAACUGGACUUGCACAUGCUGUUUUGAGAACUACAGUCAAUACUUACGCAUCAAAGGUCAUGGAACCAAAAGUGACCUGUCAGAAAAGCUACUGUCAUGCACUGACAGUCCUAAUUCAUAAACCUAAUUCUUCUGACCCUGUCAUAAGUUACAGGACACAGUCAGAAAUUACCUUGCAAUCAACUGCAAAGGCAGUGUGCAGGUCACAAUCCGAAAUAUAUAUACUCUGGAAUAUCUAUAGGCUUCAUACUAUAUGGAAUCCUCCAGACUGGUUCAAUCCUCUUAAGGUACCUGGUGAUAUACGAACAGGUGGUGUUACAUUUCAUAUACCUGCACGUUACUUAGUUCCUGGCUUUUAUCUUGUUAAUAUGACCAUGACAGUGCACCUACUUGCAUAUGACAUAAAAGUCAGGAAGUUUGAUUCAGUAUUUCUCCAGAUUAUGGAAAGUAACUUGGUGGCAAACAUAGCUGGAGGCUAUUUCCGUACAGUUGGCAUUUCUGAUCGUUGGGCCUUGGAUGGAUCUGCUUCCUUUGAUCCUGAUUCAGCCAAUCCCCAUGAAGAAUUGCAAUUUAAUUGGUACUGCAGCAAACAGGAAAUGGAGUACAUAACAAUGCAUAGGAGUCCAAGAGAAAAAUGCCAUCCAAAUCAAUCAAAUGUAUACUGGUCACUUUCGAAUAAUACAGUUCAAAUAGUGGAACCCAACACACUUCAGGAAAAUACUAAGUAUUAUAUUAUUCUGAUGAUUCAAAAGAAGGCUAAAACAGCACAUACUUACCAAAUAGUUCAUGUGCUGCCUGGCUCUGUACCAGCACUGAAUAUUAUAUGUUUUGAAAACUGUGGGAAAGCUAUCAAAGCAACAGUGAGCUUAGUUCUGUUUGCAAAAUGUUUAAACUGUGAGAAAGUUCAUCAGACUUCCUACCUUUGGACACUUCUUUCAGCAAACUCCAAUGAAAUAUAUUUUGAUUGGGAUUCCAAAACUACAACAGGGAGGUCAAGUCCCUCCAUUCAUAUAAAUCCACUGGCAUUUGGAUAUAAACCAGACAAAUUCUAUUCUCUUAGCCUGAAAGUAAGCACGCAGGGAAAACAACCAGCUGUUUCUAAAUACUCAUUUUAUGUUAACGCCCCACCUCAGAUUGGAAAGUGUAUCAUUUAUCCAAGGGUAGGUACAGCAUUUCUAACAAAAUUCACUAUCCAGUGCAAUGAAUUUGAAGACAAAAAAGGACCUCUUACAUAUAAAGUCAUAGCAGCAUCAGAUUUAAUGAAAACUGCUAAAAUAUCCUCUUUACAAAAAAAUACAUUUGGAACAAUAGUGUAUAUUGGUUAUCACCAUAGAACUCCGUUAUCAUUUCUUCCUAUUGGUAUACCAGCUAAAAUGUAUGCCCUGACAAUAUAUGUUCAAGUGCAUGAUUCCGAUGGUGUAUUUUCUCAGAUAAUGUUACAGGCAACUGUGCAUCCUCCAGGCAAAAGUAAGGCAAGCAACAUAGUUCUCAACAAACUAUAUGGUUUAAUCAGUGGGCCAAAUGCCCCUAUAUCUGUUUUUCUUAAAACUAAAGAUUAUUUUAAUAUAGGCUAUUUUGUACAUAUGGUGGCCUCUGUAUUAAAUAAUAUUGAGACUUCACCAGCUAUUCAUAGUUCCAAAACUGAUUUGCGGGAAAUUCUUCUUAAUAUGUCUGCAGAGAUUCCUAUGACUGAGGUAGACCUAGUUAACCAAGUGGUCUCAAGUAUUUGCCAAGUAACACAGGAAGUCAGUGAAGUCAAUAGUGAAUCACAAUUGCUUGCAGUAAAAAAACUUAAAGAAGCCAGUGAAGCUCUAAAAACCCAUAGAAGCAAAGAUCUGGGGUCGAAGGAAGCAGAGAUCCUUGGCAGCGGUAUACUUACUGGGUUAUCAAAUGUGUUGAGAGCUUCUUUGUUGAACCACGGAAGUGUCAACAUGAAUGCUAUUAAAGAAACUAUCUCUGUGACAGAGAUAUUAGCAGACCUGGUUUUACAAGGUAAAGUGCCUGGGGAGUAUGAGACAAAUAUGAAGGCUGAAGGCUGGUCCAUUUACUUAUGGAAACAUGAAAAAUGGGAUGUUUCUCAAACAUUCUCAAAGAGAAGAAACUGCAAGAACUGCUUUUAUCCUAAACUGAACCAAGAAGACCACACUGAUUUACUUGCAGAUGCUAUGGUUUCUACAAUUCUUUAUGUAUUUGAUGAGAAUCCCUUCCCUUGGUUGGCAGAUACAACAGAUAUUCGCACAGUAGUGACUGGAUUCAAAAUGGCAGGAAGCAAAGCUGAUGGCGAUACCAUAGGGAUCACCCCUAAAGUAACAGAAGUAAUAAUGGCUAGAAAAGAUGAGAACUCUGCCACCUUUGGUCUGACCAUAGGACCAGACAAGAAAUUCUAUAGAACAACUGGUGGCUUUAGUUUUGAAGUAAAAAGAAGCUCCAGAGACAUCUUUAUUCAGAUUCUGUGUAACAUGGAAGUUGUUUUCAAUGUUUCUAUCUAUCUUGGACUCGAUGUCAGCCAAACUCCAAUAGCUUCGUAUAUUGCUUUCUAUGACAAACCUCCAGUUUUGAGUGACACACAUUCUAACAUCACUGACUGUACAAUUAAGGCACCUUAUAUCCUUUGUCUUCCUCAGUCACUGCUUUGGUUUCCACUUCAAGGCAGCAGAGCAGACAAAUGGAACAUCUCCAUUGUCUUGCAGUCACACCCAAUUGUGAGAGUGCGAACCACAAAGAUUGUCCGUAUUGCUGUUUUUACAGCAGACUGCCUAGAGCUAGAUGGAGUUCAGAGCCAAUGGAAAGGAGGAACAUGCAGUCUUGGCCCCCAGACCAGUUGGUCUAAGAUACACUGCAUUUGCAAAGCAAAAGAGCAUAGUAUGAGAAGAGCCAGUCCUCCAUUAACAGGUACUUCCAGACCUGGUGUUAAAUUUUUGGCUGGCAAAGUGACAUUAUAUCCCAAUCCUUUGGAUAUACAAAAAAUCCUUUUAGCAGAAUUUGACUCAAUUCCAGUGACACUGUUGAGUGUGGGUUUCAUUUUUGCAGGGUACAUCUUCUGUAUUAUUUGGGCCAUGAUCAAAGAUAAAGCUGAUUUGAAAAGAAAACACAAAAUCUUUGUCUUACCAGACAAUGACCCCUUCCACAAUGUGUGCUAUAUUGUCACUGUAUACACGGGAAGUCGUUUGGGAUCAGGGACCUCAGCAGAUGUUUUUAUUGAACUGAUAGGUCAGAAUGGAAUUAGUGAUGCACAUCACCUAAUGCAUCCAGAGUUUCCAACCCUCUUUCGUGCAGCUGUUGAUACAUUUCUCCUAACUACAAGUAAUGACUUAGGGGACAUUUGUUCCCUUCGUAUCUGGCACAAUAACCGUGGUUCUUCCCCUAGCUGGUACUUAAGCCGAAUCAAAGUACAAAAUGUGCAUACUAAACAAUCCUGGCUAUUUAUAUGUAGGAAAUGGUUUAGUCUUGAAAAGGAAGAUAGCAAAAUAGAAAGGACAUUUGAUGCUACGAGCCCAGACUCACGCUUAAAGAAAACAGAUUACUACUUAAUAAAACUUGCUAAGGACUUGGAAGAUACUCACUUAUGGCUCUCUAUCUUUGGUAAGGUUGUCUCUGGUUCUUUCAACAGGGUCCAGAGAGCAUCUUGUUGCUUAGCAGCCCUGCUCUCUACUCAACUAUUUAACAUUAUGUUUUUCCUUAAUAAAGAUGAACGAGUGGUUGUUUCAAUACAACUGAGGUUUUGGAAAUCUAUCUACGUUGGGUUUUUAAGCUCUUUAGUUUCCAUCCCUGUGCAAAUGACUACAACAGUUUUAUUUACAUAUUCCCAGGAGAAGCCCUUGCUGCCUAACACAUAUCAGAGUGUGCCAGAAGAAAUUUUAUCUGAAACUCUUGGGGGGAAAGGAAAUUCCCAGUCUUCAAAGAAUGUGUCAUCCUAUGCAGCACAUAAGAAUACAGAUGUUCAGACAACAAGGCAGUCAUCAAAUCCAGAAUUUUUUUUCUUUGUAAAAAUGCCAGACUUCCCAUGGUGGUGCAGAUACAUUGCCUGGAUGCUGAUCUUUCUUAUGUCGGGGAUUUCUGCAUUUUUUAUCAUACUAUACGGCUUGACCUAUGGCUAUACAACAUCACUAGAAUGGCUUAUAGCAUCCAUUUUAUCAUUCUGUCAGAGUGUGUUUUUGCUACAAACUCUCAAAAUGGCUUUCAUCUCAGCGGUGUCUGCUAUAACUCUCAAACACUGUGAAAACAUUUCUUGGAUAAGCACAGAGCAAUACCAGGAGAUGAAACUGGUCCAAGUAAAAAAUAUGGAUGCUACCCAGAUGAUACAGAUGCAUCAUGAUCUUGUCAGACACAGAAACACAAAGAAAUAUCAGCCCUUAUUAGAGGAUGAAGUCAUAAUCUUGAGGAGAAGCUUGAAGGCCCAACAGCUAGCUUUUGUCUUUGUAAAGGAUCUUGUCUGCCACUUAGCUUUCUCAGCCUGCAUUUUUAUAAUCAUUUAUAAAACAGAACCCACCACUAGUUUUUAUUACAAUCAAGCUAUUUAUAAUAAAUUCUCUCCUGGUCUAUCCAAAGUGAAUAAGCUGGAGCAUAUUUACAUAUGGAUGAGCAAUGUCUAUGUGCCAUUGAUACAUAAUGACUACCAACCAACCUAUCUUUCAGAUACCUGGUCCAAAAUCCUUGGUUUGCCCAGAAUGAGGCAAAUAAGAGCCGAUAAUACAGAAAAGGCAUGCUUCCCUCCUCUAAGCUUUGUAAAUAAUUUUGUGAUUGGUAAAAGCCACUGCCGUCAUGAAUAUAAAAUUGAUCCAGAAGAUCAAACAGAUUAUCUUGGGUCAUGGACAAUCCCAACCAGCAAAUCAGUUUCCAGUCAUGCCAGCAAUUUUCAAGGAUUUACAUACCAGUCAGACAUUGAUAAGUGGGAAUAUAAGUCAUAUGGUGUUUUAAACACAUAUGGACCUGGAGGAUACACCUUUUAUUUUUUUCCUGGAGAACAAAGACCCAAUACAACAAUGAGGCUGGAUGAUUUGCAAAGAAACAACUGGCUUGAUGAGAGGACCUGGGCAGUGAUUUUUGAGCUGACCACUUUUAAUCCAGACGUAGAUAUGUACUGUAGCAUCACUGUCAUGUUUGAGACUUCUGAUGUGGGUGUUGUCAAUGCAAGCUUGUCAGUUCAUUCGUACAAACUCACUGUUGUCUAUUACGAAAUCAACUCUCAGACUGUUUUGUAUGGAAUUACAGUGUGUAUGCUUGUCUUUUUCCUUGUUGAUGAAUUCCACAAAUUAUAUAAAGAAGGAAUAGGUUAUCUAAAGUCAGCUACUAACUUAAAUAACUUUGCAAUAAUAACAAUCAGUUUAUUUUAUAUUGUGCUAGUUAUAUGGAAAUUCAAACUGUCUUAUUUCUUGUUGGAAUCGUACCUGCUUAAUCCAGAAGAAUUUGUUCCCUUUCAUGCAGCUUCUCAAAUGGAUCAGCUAUUUAGGAUUGUUGCAGGCUUUCUGGCCUUUUUUCUGAUUUUGAAAUCUUAUUGCUUUUUCCGAUUCAUACAUAAUGUGCGUCUGGCAGAAAAAACAUUGUCUGCAGCUUUACCCGGAUUUGUUUACAUGUCUGUACUUGUGGUUCUGUUCUUUUUUGUAUGUAUGUCAUUUGGGUACCUAGUAUUUGGCCAAUAUGAGUGGGAUUACAAGUCUUUGCUUAAUUCUCUCCAGACUGUAGUUUCAUAUUGUUUUGUAUCACAUAAGCAAACUGGGCUUUCAUCCAAUCGGUGGCUGCUGAUCUUUUUUCAAGCUUUAUUUUUUUGUGUAAUGAUAUUUGUUUUCAUCAAUUUGUGGCGAGCACUAAUAAUCUCUACUUAUGAGUCAAUGAAACAACCUGUAUAUGAACAAUAUUCUGAUGAAGCAGAAGCGACAAACUUCAUAUUUCUGAAGAUCCAAAGCAUAUGGUGUUUCAUCACUGGCCGGACACGAGCCACAAAUGAUAACAACUUUGUCAGCAAUAUAUUCAUGGGAAAAUCUGUGAGAGGGAAUGAUCAGCAGCAAGGGAUAAAAACCAGGCAAGUAAAUGGCAAACAAAUUGUUUAUCUUGCUGUUUGUGAGUCAUGAGCAAAUGCAGAAUAAAUUCCAUAAUAUUUCUU